AUGAUCUACUGCGCCGAAAAGAAUUUUGGGAUUUCCACAGUAUAUUCUCACUUCGAAGAACAACCACUCCGUAAGUCUUGUGACAACAUAUUGGAUGCUGUCCAGUUUGUUACUGACGAUCCUCGAGAAACAAAGCUAAUAUAUGUCGAUGGAUCUAGUUUUGAACCAAAUUUAAGCAUUAGCGGGUAUUCGGUCUACUAUGGUAAACACGAUUGGAGAAAUAAAAUAGUUCCUAUGUCAAGACUGAAGUUCAAUGACUACUACCACGAAGAUUGCAGCUAUAUUUCAAGUUUGGAUAUUCGGAACGGGCAAUAUGAUGAGAAGUACACUAUUCUUUCAGAUUCAGAACAUUCCAUUGAUGCUAUUGUUCAUCGUGCCCCAGAAUGGAGGGCAAACAAUUGGUACAAUAAUUCAUUUCACAAGGUUAAACACGUUGAUAUUAUUGAUCAAGCUAAUAGACUCUAUAGCUCACUUUGUAAUAGGUACAGGGCCAAUGGCUGGGGAGAGUUGAACAUAAUUCAUGUUCAUGCCCACGAUGGGAUUAAAGGGAAUGAAAUUGCAGAUGGAAUGGCAAAGACAGCUGCUUUACAAAUGUAUAGAAGAUGA